AGUGCUUCUCAGAAGCUUCUCCAUUCUGUCAGCUCUCGGGGAACAUCCAAGGCAAGCAAGACUGGCACCCAGGACAUACCAGGAAGCCUGUGGCCUCUCUUCUAGUGACUGACCACAUACCAUCGGCCCAAGCACUAUGGAGUCCUUCAGUUCAAGGAAUCUGGCACUGCAAGCGGAGAAGAAACUACUGAGUAAGAUGGCAGGCCGGUCUGUGGUGCAUCUCUUCAUCGACGAGACGAGUAGCGAGGUCCUGGACGAGCUGUACCGGGUGUCUAAGGAGUACACGCACAGCCGGCCGCAGGCUCAGCGGGUCAUCAAGGACCUGAUCAAGGUAGCUGUCAAAGUGGCCGUGCUCCACCGCAACGCCUGCUUUGCUCCCAGUGAGCUGGCCCUGGCCGAGCGCUUUCGCCAGAAGCUUCGGCAGGGUGCCAUGACGGCGCUUAGCUUUGGGGAGGUGGACUUCACCUUCGAGGCUGCGGUGCUGGCCGGCCUGCUCACCGAAUGCCGAGACGUGCUGCUGGAGCUGGUGGCCAACCACCUGACGGCCAAGUCCCACGGCCGCAUCCGCCACGUGUUCGAUCACUUCUCUGACCCGGGCCUGCUCACCGCCUUGUACGGGCCUGACUUCACCCAGCACCUGGGCAAGAUCUGCGAUGGGCUCCGGAAGCUGCUGGACGAGGGCAAGCUCUGAGCGCCGGCCCCAGCGCCGGACCUUGGCUAAAGGGCUGCACUGGGAUGACCACAGGCCGCGGGCUUUCUGACCCUGCUCCACCGGCCUGGCUUUGGGUCCUCAGGCUUCACCCUCACCCCGCCCUCCCCCGGGCUGCUGGGGCAGGAGCCGCGCCGAGCCGGGUCAGGCCUCUCCUCCAGCCUCAGCACAGGAAAUGGAGCUGCCUGAAAAAGGCGAAGUGAAACUUGGAUCUCUCUCCGUCUCCCAGGAAGGAUGCCUAAAACAGGAAAUCCGUGUCCUUACAGCCCGAGAAAACAGGGGAUAGCCCAUAGAGCCCUGUGAGGAUACUGAAGACUGAAGGGGGGUGCUGGUGGCCCUUCGAGACAAGGUAGACUUCUAGUUCUAGGCAGAGUUUUGGAUAGCUCCCGGAGGCUCUGUUUCAGAAUGAAGGGAGAAGAGGCCAGGCAAGAGAGAUUCUCACCAGGGAAAUAAAGCUACUAAAACAUG